AUGCUGCUUCCACAGCUCCAGAACCGCGAGGUGUACCACGAAUUGUCGCUCAAGUACCUGCUUACUGCCAUUCCUCAGUUACUAGCAGCCCUGCUGCUGCUGCUCGACUGCGUGUGCACGUUCUCACGCGCGUCCAGUACCUUCGCGUACGGGACGAUGGUAGACUCGUGCUUGCAUGAGGGCAUCGCUGGUCUGAUGCUUGUUUCGAUCCUAUUCUCGACGUUCCACCUGGCGCUAAGUGUGUGCUGCUCCUUUCCAGCUUUCUGUCCUGUUGAUCCGAUACGCUGCCAGCUCAGUCGAAUCGUGGCGUGUCCGGGAUCUGUAGCAAACCUCCCGCACUACAACUUGUACCCUCGACUAGCCCACACCUGCGCCACGUUCACAAUGCUGUUCGCAUUGUGUAUCAAGCCUGCACACAUCUUUAAGGACCAGCAUCCUCGAGUACGCCGGAAAAUAAUUAAUUCCUGUUGUUCUACCACUACUAGGCUGUUGCUAGCUCACAGCCCCUACUUACCUGUUGGCGACCCUGUUCAACUGUUAGUUUUCAACAGGUUUUCAAGUUUGAGAACCUGUUGA